GGGAAGUUUGGUACUGGUGUAGCUUUCUCGGCGGUUCCAGUAGCAGAUUGAUUAACAAAAUUGGUCACGGGCUAUUACAGGGGCUAGCGACACUUCUUAAUUUUUUUUAAGAGUAUUGUGAAGAAGGGAGAUGCUCGAUAUAUGGCUGAGGGAGAACUAUACAAGUUAUGUAGGGUGAUGAACCUCUGAACAUGGUAAGGUAAUUUUCAAACUAGCAUAGCUUCAUCAUCACAUCACCAUUUGAUUUAGCUAACGACGUUACCGUUAACUAACGUUAGCCAGUUGGCUUGAUAUCCCAUUAUCUUCGAGCUAACUCACGUUAAAUAGUUUAUGCCGUUCUAAUACAAGCUAACGAGACAUUAAUACAAAUACGAAGUUCUGUUGGAUUGUAUUGUUUCAAUUGUCGACAUGGAUUAAUUUGGCUAAUGUUAACCUGUCUUGUUAAACAGUUGGCUACAUAUCACUUGUUUGCUCGAGACUAGCUAACUGGGAAAAAUACUAUUUUCACGCACUUCGGUCCCGAAAUGCAGAUUAGGAGACUGAGGUUACGGUUAGCUAGCGAAAAUGCUCUAAUUUACUACGAAAAUGACUUUGUAUCUUAGUGCCGUGAAGAGGGUUUCCCAAACUCUGUUAAUUGGGGGGGGGGGGGGGGGGGGUACACGUUUUGGUUUUUGCCCUAGCACUACACAGCUGAUUCAAAUAAUCCAAGUUUGAUGAGUUGGUUAUUUGGAAUCCGCUGUGUGGUGCUAGGGCAAAAACCAAAACGUGCACCCAGGGAGGAGCCAAGGACCCAGUUUGGGAAACCAUGCCCUAGCUAACGUUAACUCACUAGGUAGUUUAAUUAGCAUGUACCAUAGCUAGCUAACAACUGGGUAUUGUCUGUAAAUAGCUAGGCUAACUAGCACAGUCCAGGUCUCUGGGUGAGCUGUGAUUCGCUUGCUAGCUAGCAGCAAACACACUAGAAGUCGCCUUAGACAAAGAUAACCGGAAAAAUCUUCACGUGCGUCACUUGCUGGAAUUUAAACCAAUAUAAAAUUGCACGAGCCUAAACAAAUAUGAAAAUUGUUGCAGGUUAACUCCACAUGUGGGCUAUCUUGAGGGAACGUAACUAGCUCUAUACAUGUCGGUAUUUUUCAGAUCCAUCAAUCAGCAUUGGUGUAGUUGCCUACAUAGAACGUUGAUUUGCAUCAUCAUGUAGCUUCGCAUGGGUGGCCUGGAACUUUGCAGGCGUUUCUGAAGACAUCUCGAAUCAGCUAAACGAGAAGACACCAGGAUGACCAAUCAAGAGAAGAUGGAAUUGGACAUCGAAAUCCCAUCUUCACUAGUUCAGAGUGAAGGACAACUGAGACGUUCCAACAGCGCCCCAAUGAUAAAUGGCUUAAGGUUUUUAGAAAAAGUCUUUAUUCUCACUUGUAUCACUCUGCACCUCGCAUACGUUCUGACUUGAGAUCUAGUCAUUCAAACUGCAUGGCUGUUGCAACUACCUUCUCUGCUGUGAGGAGUGUGGACAAUUCAGUCAUGCAACAGCAAACCAGCAGAGUUAACAGGGCCACCAGUCUCUCGAGAUCAGGCUGCGUCGGUAGUAUAAUACUCUGACACCCAGAGCAUUGUAGUCAAAGUGUGUCCCAAAUGGCAUCCUAUUCCCUAUAUAGUGCACUUAUUUUGACCAGAGCCCUAUGGCACCCUAUUCCUUACAUUGCACUACUUUGGUCAAAAGUAGUGCACUAUAUAGGGUGCCAUUUGGGACACCAAAGUGGUGGUGUUAAUUUGUCUGUCCUUUUCUAGUGACAAUUCCCUGGUGUUCCAGAGCGAGUUUCUAUGCAGCAGGAGAAACAGCACCGCUGUUGGCAACCGCCCUAAUAUAGUAUGGAAAUGAAGAGUAUAAUCAAAAUAAUAUGCAUUGUACUCUUACUAAGUAGUAUCUUAUAGACUGGGUGAUUAAUUGAAGUCCAUCUCUUUCUCUCUCACACACACGCAGGUCCCUUCAUCGCCCAUUCGCGUCCCCAGCACGAGGCUUCAUCAGCUCAAACAGGUAAGUACGACUGCAGCGCACACUCGUUAGCCCAAGCUAUUAUUUUAGCUGCUCGGCAUGUCAGACCCUUAUCCAUAGGGAGUGUCUGUGACUGCGAAACCUGUCAAACUAAUUUCCCCCCGCAAGGCCGCAUUCAGUCUUCACCAAGGUCCGGAGGGCCGCACUUAAAAUGUGCGAAAAAUUGACCUCUAACCAUCUAGUUUUUGUUUUAAUUACUGUUAGCAAGCUGGACAGAGAAGAGACUAUAUAACUGACUGCUGGACAGAGAAGAGACUAUAAAUGCAGGUCCAUUAUCAUUUCUAUAGUUUAGAUUUGGUUUUAGUAAUUUCAAUGUCUAAAUGGCACCUUAUUCCCGAUAUAGUGCACUAUUUCAGAGCUCACGGUCUCAGCGCAGUCUGAUUUUGUAAUAGUCUCCAACUCUUGACUAGACUAAGACACCAUAAUAUCAGACUCACCAACAUCAUGUCUAUGCUUCCUACAGGAGGAAGGUGUGGAUGUGAUGAACAGAGAAACUGCCCAUGAACGGUAAGACUCAUGCAUUGAGGCCAGCUAGUGGGUGAUGAAAUUCAGUUUAUUGGCCUUCAAGACGUUAAGGCAUUUAUUUAUGAACCACUCUCUCUGUCAUAUGAUAUUGUAUACUUUGUCAAUAACUGUGAUUGUCAUUGGCUCGACCCUUUCAGGAAAAAAGCUUGUGGUUUGUUUAGAUGUAUUUCUUGUCCACCACAGGGAGGUUCAAGCAGCCAUGCAGAUUAGCCAGUCCUGGGAGGAGAGUCUGAGCCUGGUGAGGAAUGAUGACGCUCCCAUGGUAACAAGGAGAGUUCCUCUCCCACAAACAGUAGGCCUACGCGCUCCACCAUUUGAGGCUCUCACCACUUCAGCAUUCAUGUAAUUGGGCAGUGCAUUAGCAUGUAAGAUUACUUUGGCUUCAUCCCAAAUGGCACCCUAUUGCCUACAUAGUUCACUGCUUUUGACCAGAACCCUGUGGGCCCUGGUCAAAACUAAAGUAGUGCACUAAAUGAAGAAGAGUGCCAUUUGUGACGCAGACUUUCAGUUUGUGCAUUUGGUUUGAUGGGCUACCUCCCCAUUGUGGCCAUGGCCAGUGAGAGCUCCUCUCUUUUGUAGGGGGUGUGGCCCAAUAACAUGCUAGAGCCAACAUUCUCUGAAGAACAGAAUCAGUUGGUAGUAUAGUACUCAUCCAACCACCCUAUAGUAGAAUGAAUGGUGUUACGUUUAUGCUGAUUACAAUUUUGCUUGUGCUACCCCAACCCCACAGAGCGACAAUGACUUUGAGAAAUCUGCAUCAUCGUCUCCAAAGCGGAUCGACUUUGUGCCCGUGUCCCCAGCUCCAUCCCCUACUAGAGGGAUAGGGAAGAAGGUAUAUAUUGUGCAUCCACUGCAACUCUUUUACUGAUGCCUGGUAGAUGGAACCAGAACUGUAUCUCUGGCAGAGAGUCCUGGCUAAUCAUAUUUUCCUCUCCAAUGAGCAGCAGUGCUUCUCCCCUUCAUUGCAAAUCCUGGUGAGCAGCAACGGCCUAUCCCCCAGCCCUAUACCUAGCCCAACUCGACGCUUCGGGUGAGUGCACUGACUAGGGCUAGCUCUGAUCACUGACAACUCCCAUUCAUAGUCAUACACCACAUUGCCAUUACACUAUUGAUCAGGUUGAUUAGUGAGUCACCUAUAAAUGUAACCUCACGUUGUCUGUCGUCUCUAGCCGGCGGAGCCAAAGCCCCAUUAACUGCAUCAGGCCCAGCAUCCUGGGAUCCAUCAAACGUAAAGGUGGGUCAACCCUUAUGUAUUCUUUCACAGGUCAAAAGGCUUUGUUAAUGCCACAUGCGUACACAGCGUGUACAACACAUUAACAACACCUGACACAUUAAGAACACCUGCUCCUGUUCUAGAUCAGCUUUAAUAUUGCAUAUUGUGGCUUCUAGCAAUGAAAUUGUCUGCAUCAUUUCCAAUCCACCAUAUAUAUUUAUGUAAAUAUAUUUAUUUUAAAUAUAUUUCCCCCUAACCCUACCACCCCUCUAAUUGGAGUAAACUAAUGGACAACAAUACUUCGGCUCCUACUUCCAGCUUAUACAGAACACCUGCUCUUUCCGUGGCAUAGACUGACCAGGUGAAAGCUAUGAUCCCUUAUUGGUGUACUUGUUAAAUCCACUUCAAUCAGAGUAGAUGAAGGGGAGGAGGCAGUUCUAAAGAAGGAUUUUAAAGUCUUGAGACAUGAUUUGUGUAUGUGUGCAAUUCAGAGGGUGAAUGGGCAAGAAAAUAUUAACAGUAAGUGCCUUUGAAUGGGGUAUGGUAUUAGGUGCCAGGUGCACUGGUUUGUGUCAAGAACUGCAACGCUGCUGGGUUUUUUAUGCUCAACAUUUUCCCAUGUGUAUCAAGAAUAAUCCACCACCCAGCCAACUUGACACAACUGUGGGAAGCAUUGGAGUCAGCAUGGGCCAGCAUCCCUGUGGAACGCUUUCGACACCUUUUUAGAGUCCAUGCCCUGACGAAUUGGGGCUGUUUUGAGGUCAAAGGGGAGGGUGCGCAACUCCGUAUUAGGAAGGUGUUCUUAAUGUUUUGUAUACUUGUUGUGUCCCUCAUGCAUGCAUAGAGUGAAUUCGGACAGUAUUCAGACCCCUUCCCCUUUUCCACCUUUUUGUUACGUUACAGCUUUAUUCUAAAAUUAAAUAAAAUUUUUCCCUCAAUCUACACGCAAUACCCCAUAAUGAUAAAAACAGAAAUACCUAAUUUACAUAAGUACUCAGACCACUUGCUAUGAUACUCGAAAUUGAGCUCAGGUGCAUCCUGUUUCCAUUGAUUGUCCUUGAGACGUUUCUACAACUUCAUUGGAGUCCACCUGUGGUAAAUUCAAUUGAUUGGACAUGACUUGGAAAGGCACAUACCUGUCUAUAUAAGGUCCCACAGUUGACAGUGCAUGUCAGAGCAAAAACCAAGCCAUGAGGUUAAGGGAAUUGUCCGUAGAGCUCCAAGACAGGAUUGUGUUGAGGCACAGAUCUGGGGAAGGGUACCAUAAAAUGUCUGCAGCAUUGAAUGUCUCCAAGAACACAAUGGCUUCCAUCAUUCUUAAAUGGAAGAAGUUUGGAGCCACCAACUUUUCCUAGAGCUGGCCGCCUGGCCAAACUGAGACUCAGACCAUGACUAACAAGAUUCUCUGGUCUAAUAAAACCAAGAUUGAACUCUUUGGCCUGAAUGCCAAGCAUCAUCUGGAGGAAACCUUGCACCAUCCCUACGGUGAAGCAUGGUGGCAGCAGCAUGUUGUGGGGAUUUUUUUCAGCGGCAUGGAUUGGGAGACUGCUCCGUUCAUCUUUCCCUUGAUCCUGACUAAAGUACAGAGAUCCUUGAUGAAAACCUGCUCCAGAGCGCUCAGGACCUCAGACUGGGAGCGAAGGUUCACCUUCCAACAGAACAGUGACCCUAAGCACACAGCCAAGACAACGCAGGAGUGGCUUUGGGACAAGUGUCUGAAUGUCCUUGCGUGGCCCAGCCAGAUCCCGGACUUGAACCCAAUCGAACAUCUCUGGCGAGACCUGAAAAUAGCUGUGCAGCGACGCUCCCCAUCCAACCUGACAGAGCUUGAGAGGAUCUGCAGAGAAGAAUGGGAGAAUCUCCCCAAAUACAGGUGUGCCAAGCUUGUAGCGUCAUACCCAAGAAGACUCGAGGCUGUAAUCGCUGCCAAAGGUGCUUCAACAAAGUACUGAAUAAAGGUCUGAAUACUUAUGUAAAUGAGAUUGAGAUAUAUAUCUCAAUCACACACACUACCGUUGAAAGUUUGGGGUCACUUAGAAAUGUCCUUGUUUUCAAAAGAAAAGCAAUUUUUUGGUCCAUUUAAAAUAACAUCAAAUUGAUCAGAAAUACAGUGUAGACAUUAUUAAUGUUGUAAAUGGCUAUUGUUUUUUUUAAAAUGGAAUAUCUACAUAGGCGUACAGAGGCCCAUUAUCAGCAACCAUCAGUCCUGUGUUCCAAUGGCACGUUGUUUGCUAAUCCAAGUUUCUCAUUUUAAAAGGCUAAUUGAUCAUUAGAAAACCCUUUUGCAAUUAUGUUAGCACAGCUGGAAACUGUUGUGCUGAUUUUAAAGAAGCAAUAAAACUGGUGUUUCUUGAGACUAGUUGAGUAUCUGGAGCAUCAGCAAUUGUGGGUUCGAUUACAGGCUAAAAAUGGCCAGAAACAAAGAACUUACUUCUGAAACUCAUCAGUCUAUUCUUGUUCUGAGAAAUGAAGGCUAUUCCAUGCGAGAAAUAGCCAAGAAACUGAAGAUCUUGUACAACGCUGUGUACUACUCUCGUCACAGAACAGCGCAAACUGAGAGAAUGCCAAGAGUGUGCAAAGCUGUCAUCAAGGCAAAGGGUGGCUAUUUGAAGAAUCUCAACUAUUAAAUAUAUUUUGAUUUGUUGAACCCUUUUUUUUUUUUUUUUUUUUUUUUUGGUUACUACAUGAUUCCAUGUUUCAUAGUUUUGAUGUCUUCACUAUUGUACAAUGUAAAAAUAAAAACCCUUGAAUGAGGUGUUAAAACUUUUUACUGGUAGCGUAUGUGUGUGCAUAUUAUGUUUUUGCUUUGUCAUUAUGGGGUAUUGUAUGUAGAUUGGGGGGGGAACAAUUUAAUCCAUUUUAGAAUACGGCUAACUUAACAAUGUGGAAAAAGUCAAGGGGUCUGAAUUUUUUCCGAAUGCACUGUACAUAAAUGCAUCAGCCCCUUUAACUGUUGGAAGUUUGGAGCUUAAGGUGAAAGAGGGCAUUUUGUGAGUUGGUGUUUUAUGUCCUAUGGAUGUUGGUUCUCUAUUGAUGACCUGUCUGCCUUGUCUUCUGUAGGGGAGAUGAUGGAGACGGAGAGCCAGCCAAAGAGGCUCUUCCAGGGGACCACUACCAUUCUGUCCUCUGACGUGCUCGUGCCCCAAGUCCAACUGCCAGACUUCACCUCCUGGUGAGUGUUCCUCAGACUUGAUCAAAGCUACCACUGCAUGUUUAGCAUUGUCUGCCAAUGGUCUCUUGCCAAGACUACUUGUUUCACAAGUUGAACAUUUUCAGUUCCCUCUCUGCCACUAGGCUAAACCUUGCACCUCCAUAAAAUGAGCAGAAUCCCAAUGCGACCCACUGUCAUUGAAUAUCUAACAGUUUGCUUGCUGAAAUGGGUCUUCUCCUCUCACCAGUCUCUCUCCGCUGGACGGCAGCCUCAGCAGUGUGGGUUCUUCCACUGGCUCGCCAUCCAAGAUGGAGGGAAUUUCUGAGUCUCCUUCCUCCAGCAACUCUCCCUUCAACCCCCUCCAGGACCACUCCCCAAAAUGAACAAGGGAACGUGAGACUAAACAAGAGUGAAGGCACAAAAUCCACCAACUGUAUGACC